AUGGAAUCUUUGUACAGCACGGCAAAGGAAUUCUACAACAUCUGUGAUCAAGAGGGCAAGGGUUAUGUCGUGAAAUCGGAUAUGACCAGAUUGCAUACAGAAUUGGACCCUCUAACCGACGAACAGUUGCAAGACAUCUUCGAAAUUUUGGAUUUGGAUAACAACAAAUAUCUGACGGUCGACGAGUUCAUCGACGGCUUUGGUAAGUGUGUGCGCAGUGUGAACAGUGAUUAA